AUGCUCAUGUCAAACCCCAUCUGUUCUCCUGAGUACUGGAAGCCCAGUACAUUUGGUGGUGAGGUUGGCUUUAACCUCGUCAAGACAGCCACAUUGCAGAAUCUGGUUUGUCUCAAUGUCAAAAAGUGCCCCAAUGUCUCAUUCCGUGUGCCUGAAGACAAGUGGGCCAUGGCAGAAGUAGGUUUGGGAGGGGAGGACCUGACCUUUAUGCUGAAGAUCAGAAUGGGUGGACCACAGCAUUACCCACUGAGUGGGAUGAACCCCUGCUGCUACUACCCAUGUCAACACAAAGGUAUCUGUAUACAAACUGAACAAGACCAAUACCAGUGUGACUGUACCAGAACUGGGUACUAUGGGACAAACUGCACAAUCCCAUUGCUAUGGACAAGGAUCUGGGAAAGCCUGAGUCCUAGCCCUUCCUUCACCCACUUCCUCCUGACCCAUGCUCGCUGGAUCUGGAAGUUGAUCAAUGCUACCUUCCUCCGAGAUGUUCUCAUGAGGAAUAUUCUUACAAGUCGAACAAACCUGAUUCCCAGCCCACCCACCUACAACUCGGACCACGGCUACAUUAGCUGGGAGUCCUAUGCCAAUUUGAGCUUCUAUACUCGAGUCCUACCCCCUGUACCUGAAGACUGUCCUACCCCCAUGGGGGUCAAAGGGAAGAAAGAGCUGCCAGAUCCAGAGGUGCUGGUCACAAGCUUCCUGCUCCGGAAAGAGUUUGUGCCAGACCCUCAGGGGAGCAAUCUUAUGUUUGCCUUCUUUGCCCAACACUUCAUCCAUCAGUUCUUCAAGACGUCUGGAAAGAUGGGUUCUGCUUUCACCAGUGCUCUGAGUCAUGGGGUAGACCUCAACCAAGUUUAUGGAGACAACCCACAGCGCCAGUACCAGCUACGCCUUUUCAAAGAUGGGAAGCUCAAGUUUCAGAUGGUGGAUGGGGAGAUGUAUCCACCUUCAGUGGCUGAGACUCAGGCAUUCAUGAAUUACCCAUCAAGUGUGCCUCAAAGUCAGCAGAUGGCUGUGGGCAACGAGUUGUUUGGGCUGCUCCCAGGCCUCAUGAUGUAUGCUACAAUCUGGCUUCGGGAACACAACCGUGUCUGUGACAUCUUGAGAGCUGAGCAUCCCUCCUGGAAAGAUGAGCAGCUCUUUCAGACAGCCCGACUCAUCCUCAUAGGGGAGACUAUCAAGAUUGCCAUGGAAGAAUAUGUGCAGCAUCUUAGUGGCUAUUACCUGAAGCUGAAAUUUGACCCCGAAUUGCUGUUUGGAAUCCCGUUUCAGUACCAAAACCGUAUCUCCUUGGAGUUUAACCAUCUCUACCACUGGCACCCACUUAUACCCAACUCCUUUGUGGUAGGAGACAGGGAAUACCUCUAUAAGCAGUUUUUAUUCAACGCAUCCAUGCUUUUGGACUAUGGUGUAGAGGCCCUGGUGGAUGCCUUCACCCGACAGAGGGCAGGCAAGGUAGGGGGACAAGUUAGAAACCUCCCCAUUAAAAUCAGGAGUGAAUCAUGCACACCCUCUACUGGGUCCCCACCCAAGGUCUGUGCCUGCACUCAGGAUCCACGUCUGCACCUGUAUCCGAGCCUACACUCAAGGACAGAUAAAGGGAUGGCUAAAAUAGAUGAUGGAAAUGGGGACACCACUGGGAUGAAAUAUUCCAAUGAGGAAGUAUAA